AUGAUAUAUUAUUGGCGUCCUUCUCAACGCCCUCUGCUCGCACGAAAGAAGUCAUCGCAACAUGACUCAAAUAAAUCCGCAACUUUGAUCCCAAAUUACGCAAGAACGCAGAUUUUUGUGAUACACACAGCACGCAUCAGAAGUCCUCUACGUGUUUAUUUCACACCCAGACAUCAUAUUUCCAAAUCCAAUCGCAUAUUACUUUUCUAGCUUCUAGGUAAGGACGGCCAUGUCAUCAACGCACGGGGCUCAAAACUGGAAAAUCAAGCCGAAGCGGUCCCGCUUGCCGCCGCCCGUCUUCGUUCCGGCGACCCGUCGGCCCGCC